UAGCAAGCCAAACCAAAACACAACACAAACUUUCUCUCUUUCUCUCUUCAAUUUCGAUCUCACACUCCCAAUAACACAAUUUUAUUUUACACACUCAAACCAAAACACAAACAUGAACACUGAUCAUUUCCAAAAGAAUACCAUGUACAUAGAAACACCCGAAGCUUUUGGAGAGGCUACCAAGAACUUCGACGAUGACGGACGAAUCAAGCGAACCGGUACAUGGGUAACAGCAAGUGCUCACAUAAUAACGGCGGUGAUAGGGUCAGGAGUGUUAUCACUUGCAUGGGCCAUUGCCCAAAUGGGUUGGGUGGCCGGUCCGGCGGUUCUCUUUGCCUUCUCAUUCAUCACUUACUUCACCUCCACUCUUCUCGCCGACUGCUACCGCUCCCCCGACCCCGUCCACGGCAAGCGAAACUACACCUAUUCCGAUGUCGUCAAGGCUACUUUAGGUGGGAAGAAGUUUCAGCUGUGUGGAUUAGCUCAGUAUAUAAAUCUUGUCGGUGUAACAAUCGGCUACACGAUAACUGCUUCAAUCAGUAUGGUGGCUGUGAAAAGGUCGAACUGUUUCCACAAACAUGGGCAUGAAGCAAAGUGCUACAUAUCAAACAACCCAUCUAUGAUCAUCUUUGCAUGCAUCCAAAUCGUGCUUAGCCAGAUUCCAAAUUUUCACAAACUCUCAUGGCUCUCCAUUGUUGCUGCUGUUAUGUCUUUUGCUUAUUCUUCCAUUGGCCUUGCUCUCUCCAUAGCUAAAGUAACAGGUGGCGGCGGACAAACGGCACGGACGACGCUAACCGGCGUGCAAGUUGGGGUGGACGUUACCGGAACAGAGAAAGUUUGGAGGAUGUUUCAAGCAAUUGGUGACAAACUUCUUUCCAUCAAAAUGAUGGAGUCUAUGUGGUUGCAGGAUACCCUGAAAUCAAGCCCUCCAGAGAACAAGGUCAUGAAGAGAGCAAGUUUGAUUGGAAUCAUGACCACAACCAUAUUUUAUGUGCUAUGUGGCUGCAUAGGUUAUGCAGCAUUUGGAAACGAUGCACCCGGAAACUUCCUCACAGGGUUCGGAUUCUAUGAGCCAUUCUGGCUAAUAGACUUUGCCAACGUCUGCAUCGCCGUCCACUUGAUCGGCGCAUACCAGGUCUUCUGCCAGCCCAUAUUUGGUUUCGUAGAGAAAUGGAGCAAAGAAAAAUGGAGCAAUAGCCAGUUUGUGAAUGCAGAGCACUCUGUGAACCUUCCACUAUGUGGAACCUACAGUGUGAACUUGUUCAGAGUGGUGUGGAGAACCUUAUAUGUUAUCUUCACUGCUUUGAUAGCUAUGAUGUUCCCAUUCUUCAAUGACUUCCUUGGCCUAAUUGGUUCAAUAUCAUUUUGGCCAUUAACGGUUUACUUCCCCAUUGAGAUGUACAUAAAGCAAUCAAAUAUGCAAAGAUUUUCAUUCACAUGGACAUGGCUCAAGAUAUUGAGUUGGGUAUGCUUGAUUGUUUCUAUUAUUUCAGCAGCUGGAUCCAUCCAAGGCCUUGCUCAAGAUCUCAAGAAAUAUCAGCCUUUCAAGCCUCAGCAAUAAUACCUUGUUCCAUGUGUUAUUAUAUUAUAUUGUUUUUCUUUGUUUAGUUGCUAUUUUUGUGUGUUUCUUGUUUUAAUAAGUUAUCAGUAAGUUCAUGGAUAAUGUAAUGUUAUCAGUGUCCUGUGGGAAAGAAAGAAUGUAGCAUGCAGUUUUAGUGUAUAUAUGUCAUGAAUAAUCAAUCAAUCCCCAUGUUAGUUUGCCAAGUUAAGCACAUCAAUCAUCAUUUAACAUUGCCAUUGAUGGUAACAUA